UUUUUUAAAUCGAUAAGAAAACUCAUCGAUCGAUAGAAUAACAUUUGUAGAUGAUUCGAGUAGUCGAAAAAAAGUAUCGAUUCAUAAAUUAAGUCAGAGAUGCAUUACAUACUGCAUCUUCAAUAACUAUUAGAAAAUGCGUGACGUAGCGAUGGAUGCAAAUGGAAAUGGGAAGCGUGAUCUUCCCCGAAUAGUUCUACAGCAACGAAUUAUGAGUACUGAAGAAACAUCUAAAUCUACGGAUUUGGAUUUCAUUUAUGAUGAUGCAGAUAAACAUGCCAAUGAAAUUGCAGAAUUAUACAGUUAUUCGGAACAAUCUGAAUUACACGUUAACCUUACAGCAUUUGAAGAACAAAUGGAAUUAUAUAAAUUAAGACCUUGGUGGCAAAAUUUAUCAGAAGCUCAACAAAAAUCUGUAAUUUACAAAUUAUUAGAUCAAUUAGAGGUUUCUAACAAACAAUUAAGAAUGAAGGCAGCAAGAUGUAUCUUGUAUUUAGCUCAAGGUUGUUGGGCUGAAGUACAAUCUGAUGAAGAGCAACGAGAAUGGACCAGAAAAAAUGUUAUGUUAUUGUAUGAGGCUGGAAUUUUUCCAACAUUUGUUGAACUUCUUAAUAUUGAAAUUACUAAUAGUAGAAGAGCUGCUUCUGCAAUGAGAAAAAUAUCUGUUAGCCUUGAUGAUUCCACUGAUUUAAGAGUAAUUUUAUCAGUUUUAUAUAUAAUAACAGAAGUGAUGAGAGAAGAAAUGAAAAAUUUAAAACACAGUAUUUAUAAAAAUAAUGUUGAAUCUUUUAAAGAAGAUUUAAUAAAUCCUUAUGGCGAAGAAUUACUUAUAGUCAAACUUCUUGGUAUGGUAACAUAUUUUUGCAGUGGAGCAGCUCCACAUUUUCCAAUGAAAAAAGUUCUUUUAUUAUUAUGGAAGUUAAUUUUGGUAUCUUUGGGUGGAAUUGAUACAUUGAGAGAAUUAAAAAAACAAUAUCGUGAAGAAGCUGGUCUUGAUACGCAACAGGAAGAUACUUUAGAAGUUGCUAAAACUAUGAGAGCUAGUUCUCCUCCUGUCAGUGCAGCAGAUUUAAUAGAAACACAAAAUCAGAAAAAGAAUCAUAGAUCUUAUCGACGAUUUUUAAUGAAACAAAGUUCAUUAGAUGAACCAGGCUUGGAAAUGGAAUAUGAAGGUGCAGAAAUGGGAAAUGAUACUGCAAAUAAUGAAGGUGAAGGAGAAGCUAAUGUAUUUAUGAAUCAAACUGUUUUGACUCAGUUACGAACUUAUUGUCAAAAUGAAAAUAAUCAACCUCAAGUAAGACCUGAUACUCCACAACUUACUAAAGGAAAAAGUUUACCAUGGACACCAAAGGUGAGACAAAAGGAUGUGGACACUUUUCUAGAAGUAUCAAGAUUAAAAUUUGUUGGUUACAAUUUAGAAGGAGACAGACAAAGUUUAGCAGGUUUACCACAACCAAUACUUGAAGGUGUUAAUACACUUAAAAGACAUAUGUAUAUAUCUUUAGCAGAAAUCCAAAUUCAAAAAGAGGAACAAAUGCUUAGAAAUCCUAUUAGUACUCCAAGGUUUCCAAUUCGCCAAACACCAACAGAAAUUGUAUAUCAUGCUAUAUUACCAUUUGUUCCACAAUAUAUGAUUGCAUUACUAAAGAUUUUAUUAGCAGCUGCACCUACUAGUAAAGCUAAAACAGAUAGUACUAAUAUUAUGGCUGAUGUUUUACCAGGACAAAUGCCUAUGACCGUUUUUCAAUCAAUGAAACUCGCCAUUGAUAUAAACAGACAUAAAGAAAUUAUUGUUAAAGCUGUAUCUGCUAUACUACUUCUUUUAUUGAAACAUUUUAAAUUAAAUCACAUAUAUCAAUUUGAAUUCAUGUCACAGCAUUUAGUAUUUGCUAAUUGCAUACCACUUGUUUUAAAAUUUUUAAAUCAGAAUAUUCUAGCUUAUAUUAAAGUUAAAAAUGUUAUUCCUAUUUUGGAUUUUCCCAUGUGUGUUAUUGGAGAACAACCAGAUGUAUCUCUUGAUAAUCUUGAAACUGGAGACAAUUCACCAUGUUCAUGGAGAAAUGUUUUUUCUUGCAUUAAUUUAUUACGUAUUCUUAAUAAAUUGACAAAAUGGAAACAUAGUAGAAUUAUGAUGUUAAUCGUUUUUAAAUCAGCACCCAUAUUAAAACGUACAUUAAAAGUCAGACAUGCAAUGAUGCAAUUAUAUGUCUUAAAAUUAUUAAAAAUGCAAACCAGGUAUUUAGGACGACAAUGGCGAAAAACUAAUAUGAAAACAAUCAGUGCAAUUUAUGCAAAAGUUCGACAUCGUCUGAAUGAUGAUUGGGCUUAUGGAAAUGAUUUAGAAGCACGACCUUGGGAUUUUCAAGUAGAUGAAUGCGUAUUACGUUCUUGUGUUGACCGAUUUAAUAAUCUACGAUACACUAAUGUCCCUAAAGAUAAAGAUAUGGAACCUGUUGAUAAUUCUGUUACAUCAGUACUCGGAGUAAACGUGGAAUUAAGCGAUGAAUUUAAACAACAUUAUGAAUUAUGGUUACAACAAGAAGUAUUUCAAAGAAGUAUUAAUUGGGACGAAUUAUUAGAUCCUGAAGCGUGUGAGAUUUAAAUUUUUAAUAAGUGUAAUAUAAUAUAUAUAUAUAUUAAAAUCGUAUUUUCGUCAACUCAUAGACCUGGAUCAAAUUUUGACGUUUUUAUAAAUUAUAUACUAUUGUGAAGUGUUCAAAAAAAACAUUGCCAUAUCGAUGCAUUGGAAACUGAAUUCAUAUUUGGUUUGUAUACAUUGAACAAUGAAUGGUCCUAAUCUAACGAACAUUUAACACGGAGACUAGUGAUUUUUCAAAAAUAGUUUAUGACAUAAUGUGUAAUUUUUUUACAUUUGUUUGUGUGUAUUUAAUUUGUUUAAUGUAUAUUGCUUAUAGCAAUAUGUUAUUAUUACUAUUAUAGUUGUAAGUGAAUAUAUAUAAUCAUUAUGAAAAACUAGGAUAAAUUUAUUCAAAAUAUGGUUCAUAUAAGUUUCUGUAAAUUAAUUUUUAAUAAUAUAACGAACUGCGAAUUGUAUACUAAUUUAAACUUCCUAUAUUCUAUAUAAUUUUUAUAUGUACUCUAUUUUACUGUGACUUGUCAUUGUAUAGUGAUAAUAUUUAUCAUGAUACAGUCUACAAUGGUAUUUACAAACAUAUAAAUCUUAAUAUGUAUAAUGUAUUAAUUUAACUUAAACUGCAUUUUUUAAAAUUUGCUAAUUUUGUACAUUAAAUAUGUUUAUUCAUUAUUAAAUGUGGCAGUAAUGCGUGUUUGACCUGUGUGUUAAGUAUAGGUAAUCUCUUUAUAUGAGACAGAAAGAGAAAGAUGAAUAGUGAAAUCAGUUGUAUAUAAAUUCAUAAUACAAAAAUUUAUGAAGCACUCAUAUGGUGCUUUUCUAUCAUAGAAUUAUUUCAUUUAAUAACUGAAUAUUUAAAAUAUAGAUUAUAUAAAUUAUAGACUGAAUAAUUAAACUUUCUCUUAUUUAUUUAUUGUAAUGUAUAUUUAAAUAAUUUCAGCGUAAAGUCACAUGAUUAUAUUAUUUUAUUCACAGUAUAGGAUAUUUUUUGUGAUGACGUCAUUUAAUCGUCAAAAGUAAAUAAAGUUAUAGUCUACAUAUAAGUUGUAAUUUUUAAAUCGUUGAAAAAAUUUUUAAGAAGUU